UGGAUGUUCAAUGGAACAUCAUCGUUUUCUCAAGGCGUGAUUUUUGACUCCUUCGACAAACUGAUUGUUUUAUCGGCCAAUUUCAGUCAUGAAGGAAAUUACAGUUGCAAUGCCAUUGAUAAAGUGAGCUACCUACAAGGCAAUGUCGUUGUUCGUGUCAAGUACCCUGAAACCUGCACUAAAGUGAGGGCAAACAUCAGUGACGUCAGUGGUAACUACGUCAUCGAUCCUGACGGCGAACUUGGCGAGGAUCCUUUUUCAGUUUAUUGUAACAUGACUGACAAAGGAGGUGUUGGAGUGGCAGUUGUCAGUCACGACAGCGAGAAGAAAACCCACGUGAAAGGAUUUGAGUUACCAGAGCACUAUACACGUAAAGUACACUACAUUGGUACCAGCCUCUUUCAAUUAGCGGCUUUGACACAAGCUUCAGAGAAGUGUGAGCAAUUCAUUAAAGUCGAAUGCCACGGAGCUACAAUAAAUGAAGCAUACUGGUUGUCACGAGAGGGUGAAAAAAUGAAGUACUGGGGAGGAGUUCCUCACGGGAAAGGGUGCGCAUGCGGACUGACAAACUCCUGUGACGCUCCAAAACGGCAUUGUAACUGUGCAACGAAUGACUAUGUUUGGCGGAAGGACAGCGGUCUUCUUACUAACAGGAGUCACCUUCCAGUCAUUCAGCUGAACUUUGGUGAUACGGGAGAUAGCAAUGAAGAACUCUUUUAUACUCUGGGUAAACUGCGGUGCUAUACUUCUGCCGGAAUGACACCAAAGUGAUAUGAUCGUGCACUGCAGGUCUAACACGCGAGAGCCUGUUAAACCAUCCCAAAGAGGACUGGAAUUGCACCUUUUGUACAAACGCGCUCGCCAGUCUUCACUAGCAAAUGAGUUGCUUUGGGAGAGGCCGAGAUAGUAUUUCUGCCGACAAAAAAAAUUGAAAAAAAUUAGUCAUAGAGAGGACGAGAAAACAGUGGGAAGCUCCAAAUUUACUGAUUCGCGUUUCGCCCAAAUCACCACAGGAAUCGCCACACCAAUCGCUCUGACGAAGGGCUAACG